AUGGCCAAGACAGAAUUGCCGCUCAACUACGACUAUGAUUCCGAGGCUGAGUGGGUGGACGAUGGUGACGGCGAGGAUGUGGAUGACCUAGAUGAUGAAGAAGAGGAGGUGGAGGAAGACGAGGAGAUGUCAGAUUUCUUGGACGACUCAGAGGAUGCAGUUCCUUUGCGGGCAGCUUUCUCUGGAGGCAUGGAACCAGAGAGCACCGGUUUGUGCUGGGAGAACCAGCUGAGGCAAGCCCCAUUGCCCAUCAUGGAUGCCUACCGCAUGGAGUUCAUAAUGGAAGCCCUGAAGCCUGGCGGUACUGGUGGGGCUGCGAAAACGCCCAAGCCCAUGGCGCCGCCACCGGUACCAACCGAUGCACUUGCUGCGUUGGGGGCAUCGACAGCGGCACAAGGUGGCAUCGGUAGCAACGGGGCCAAUAAUAUCCUCGGUGCGGUUGGAAAGGCUGAUCCGAAGAAAGCGGUAGUUGCAGCAGAGUUCGUGGGAGACUUCAAGAAGGCGAUUAUGCAAUAUUCAAAGCUCAGCAAGCUGGGCAUAGUAGAGAUACUGAGCGCUGAGUUUGAAAGGUGCACCAAGAGCCAGAUCAAGAACUCGCUAGAGGCCCUGGCAGAACGGACAGGCUCAGGACAACACAAGACGUGGAAGCUCAAGGACGGGGUGUCAUUACGAGAGAGAGUGUGA